CUUUUGCCACACUUCAAAAAUUGUAUGACUGAAAGUUUUUGCGUUUUUAAUACAUCUAUUUUUAUAUACUUACUUAUUUGUAGAUUAAAAUAAUAAUUGGACAAUGCAGUCGGUUGUGACCUUCGAAAAACCAUUACCUCAUUUAAGCUUACCGGAUUGGGAUGCUCGUCUCUACGGGCUAAAGGUGACAUCCGAUACCCGAAGAGCAGACGCUUUCGAUUUUCGUCACAGCGCCCACCAGCUUAGGAAUGAGACCAGGAUCAAGACUGAUUGGGACAGCUAUCAUAAUAAUAACCGUCUUAGAGCCAGGGUAUACGAGAUAGAACAAUGGCGAUCAACUCUUCAAGAACUUCUAGAUCGUAUAGACAGAGAGAUGAAUGCGCUGAAAGAGGAAAAGGCAUCUACGGAAAGAGAGUUGGAACAGUUAAACUUGCCCCUUUUAGUUUGUUCCGAAUGUCUUUCCAACAGAGAUGGCAGAAGAAGCACGGAGUUAACUUAUGAUCUUGCUGACACUGAAUUAAAGAAGGAGCUGUGUGUAACAGAGAGCAAUAAGAAGAUGCUGAUCGAUCGGUGUCAGUCAGCUUGGGAGAAAAUUAACAAACUAGAGGUUGUAAAGUUUAAGCUCCAGCUGGAUCUCAACGAUAAGAACGAAGCCCUCCAAAUUGACAAGGACAUGCUCAGUCUGGAUAAAGAUUGCGCUAACAUUACGUAUAAGACGGAUUCUCUAAAAACCCCAAAGAGAAUGAUAACCGGCGAACAAUGGCUAGACCGAUGCGAAGCCACUAAAAAAAUGGCAGUAGAUGAACUUCAAGAAACUUUAAGCCUCCGAGAGUCGCUCUUCGUAGCUAGAGGCCGCGCUAGGAACCUCCUGCAAGCUCAAAAGGACGCCACUAAUUACAUGAUGCGUAGGCGUGUGUAUGAUACGCAAAGGGCUAGGAAUGAAUUAGAAUGGCAGAAACUAAAGAUGGAAGAAAAUAUGGAGAAACUAGCCACAGAGCUAAAAGUAAUGGGGGAGCAAUUUACCGAUAAGGUAAACGCGUUGAAAGUGGCCGAGACCCGCCUGGAGACUCGAGGGUACCGACCAGGCUCCGAGCUGGCUGCAGACGAGGCCGAUAUCGGGUUGAAAGAGGAAGUACGCAAUCUAAGGGAAACCAUCAGGCAGUUGCAGGAAAAACUCGACUGUGGCAAGGCAACGUACAACGCUCUCGAGGCAACGUCUAUCAAAAUUGCCAUGGAUCUGGCUGACAAAAAUCAGUCUUUGGAGACAGACACCCGCGCCCUGGAAAUGAGGGCGGCCCUGGAACCCAAGAAACCAACUGGCACCGACAAGAACCUGGUUCUCGCCAGCAUGGCUGAUGAAGUUCCCAAAAUGGAAGUUUAACAAGUUGAUCAAAGAUUCACCUGGAACACAAUUUUGGAUUAUUUUUUUACAUAUUUUGAUAUCAGCAGAUCACGCACCCGUGACGUGACGGCAAAAUCGCAAAAUAGUAAUGGCAGCAAAAGUACUUUUUUUAUAGAAAUACAUAUUAUGAUAAAAUAUUUAGUAAGUAGGUAAGUAAUUAGGUUCUAAAAAACCAAAAAGAAUUUUUUUCUCGAUCUCGCGUUAACAUCACUAGGUAUUUACAAAACUUUUUGAUCACCUUGAUGACUCGAGUUUAUACUAAAAAAUUACAAGUUGUUGCCUGAAAGUUACAUUUUGAUUUAAGAUUUUUUCCCCUUUCUUGCAAUAAUUUGGCAGUAAUUUGAUAUUGAUUUCCGCCUCGAGGCAAUUUUCUCGGUCGCCGCCUGGAACAUGUCUCGAGAUCUUUCAAAAGUUACGAAAUUGCCCAUUUAACUUUUUCUUUUGUCAAUCUAGGUACCGUAUUUUGUGGAAAUUAUUAAUGUUGCCUAUUGUGCUAUAUUACGCACUAAUAAAUUAUUAAGUACGUAUAGAAAGAUAAAUAGGUAUUUGUUUUUGUUUCUUAUCAAAAUACAAAAACAAU